GCGAGAUUCAAGAAAUAUCUUUUACCACUUUGCAAAUUACUUCAAGCGUUACCCGAUAGCAAAAAAGAACACUAACGUAGGAAAUUGCCUCUCGGAUUUCAAAGCGUGGAUAUGGUUAUUUUGACACCUACCACCAUUUUGCACUGUUGAAGGAUUACAGAGAUUCUCCCCAAAUGUAGGCCGGCACCUACAGAUAGCAACACGUCGAUCGUGAACUGAAAACGAUGAUCUGAAGAAGAAGGACCUCUCCUGACCUCAUUUAAAUUUGUGUUUUAAAAGAUUUAUCAAGUUUUAUUCCCCUUAAUUGACUAACCAAGAUGUUGCUACUAACAUUUUCCCUUGGAAUUGCUCUUUGCGUUUCGCAUCCUCUUCAUGGUAAACCGAGUCGCCACCCCCCCGUUUUCGACGGAACGGACCAAACAGUUCCACAAAAUCUAACAGAUUCCUCCGUGAUUAAUAAAAUCGAGGAGAUUAACGAAGAAGAAAAUAAGAAUCUCUUCGAAACCGACAUCAAACUCACUAAAGGUGACUACGACCAGAUAGAUACUAGUGAAACUGGAAAUGCUAAGGGUGCACAGGUUGAAGUCGAGAAUAUCGAGGAAAAUGCAGAAAAAAGGAAAGCUGUGCGCUCGCGUAGAAAGAUCUGGCCGUCCAGGAUAAUUCCAGUGACGGCCACAGUUGACCUGGCUGAUGCACGAGAUAAUAUUCGAGCUGCCAUUAAAGCCAUACAAGAUGUGUCUUGCGUGCGCUUCAAAGAUAAGGAGGACGGAGAUAAACACUGGAUCAGGAUGGUAAAAAAAAAUGGAUGUUAUUCCGUUGUCGGCCGUGAGUAUAAUGUGUCUGGUGCACAGGAGCUCUCCAUUGGAGAUGGGUGUAACAGUAAGGGUAUCAUACUCCACGAGCUCAUGCAUGCCCUCGGGUUCUGGCACGAGCAAUCCCGCACAGAUCGAGACAAAUAUGUAGCAGUACUGUGGGAAAAUAUUCAAAAAGGUCAAGAGAGAAAUUUCAACAUGUAUUCCACAGAUGAUGUAGAUUAUGCUGGUGAAAUGUAUGACUUUGACAGUAUUAUGCAUUAUGGCAACUAUCUGUUCUCCAAAAACAAAAAGAUGACUAUGGUUGCACUGAAAAAUCCCAACUUGCUGUUUGGGCAAACACUGAAGCUCAGCAAGACAGACAUUCUACAAAUAAACGCCGUCUAUGAUUGCGAAACUCCCAAUGGUCAGUGGAGUAGAUGGACAGACUGGAGUCCCUGUAACAUACAUUGCACAAUAAUGCGUGAAAGGUUCUGUGCGGCAAAAGACAGGAAAAAUUGCCCAGGGGUAGAUGAAGACGGAAUACAAACUGAAAUGAAACGCUGUGUUUCUGAUGAGUGUAACGUCCCCUUGAACGGCCAUUGGGGACGGUGGGCGGCCUGGAGCGGGUGCAGUACAACUUGCGGAAAAGGGUAUCAGACAAGGUCUCGGCUGUGUGAUGGACCAGCACCUCAGUUUGGUGGAGAUAUAUGUGAGGGCUCGCUUGUUGACGUACAAAUGUGCAAAGGGAGCAGACCUAACUGUAAAGGCAAAAAGAAUGGAGCGGAAAAGUGGCGCAAGAGAACGAGAACGAGAACGAGAACGAUCCUUGGAAAGAGAGAUGGCACUUAGAAGACUUUAAUUAGCUAAUAAUUUUUUUAACGUUUUCCUCAAU